AUGAGUCUUGAAGAGCUGUAUUCGCUGUACGAGAAGAAUGUGAACGAACCGAAUCGAAAGAAGACCCUCACUGCCAUCUCAAACCAUCCGAACGCCAACCUCCUUGCUGAGCUCAUUUUCAAACGAAUGGAUAGAACCGAUUAUGUGUCCGCGAAGAAUCAGCUUCUUCCGAUCGAGAAUGACGAACAUGGCCCGUUCGAUAAUUUGCUUGGGGAACAUCAAUGCGACUGGAUCCUAGAAUUAAUGGCUCGGGAAGAUUAUGUGAUCAACUUGAUAAAAGAAGAAUUUCAGGUCAAAUACGAUCGUGAGCCCAGUUCAUUGAGCGACAUCGUCAAGAUUGCUUGCCAGCGAGAAAUGAUGGUGAAAUCCCCUGUUCCGAAAGCAGUUUUCGAAACAAAAGAUUGCCAUUGUGACAUAGGGAGUAGCUGGAUUGUGACUUAUCGAAGAAUUAAUGGUGUGGACGAGCAACAGAGAGUUGGGACCUUCCCAUACAUAUACAAGAUUUUGCGCGCACCUGAAAUUCGUCUGGAGAGGCUACGUCUUCCAAUCGGUUACCCGAGAAACGUCCAUUGCCUUCUCUUCGAGCCGUUCCUCAUCAUUUUUGACAGAAAGAAAAGGAUUGAUGUUUUCAAUCUACUUAAACCGAACGAGCAACCAAAAAGCAUCACUGGAGAAGGCGAAUUAAUAGAACCAAAAGGGUAUUACAAAGCUGAUCUUCGUCGUAAUGGGAAGAUUCUGGACAAUGUCAUCUUCCCGAUCGUGCGAAGAGAAGAUGGAAGAACCAUUUGUGUCGACUUUGCGCUCAUCUCAAGAUCAUCUGUAGACGUUAUUUUGCACGAAACGAUCAAACUGCCUGAAAAGACUGGAUACGCUGAGCAGCCUGAGCUGAAAAUUUUAGACCGGGACAAUUUUCUUCUUCGUAUCGAUCUCAGAGACGAUGAAGACAUGGAUGGACUUCGUGGAUGCGUUGCUUUUCUCAUUAUAACAUCCAAGAAGAAGAUAAUAAGCUACUCUCUCCCCUAUCUUUCAGGAUUUCCUGAAUUUGCAAUGAUCGAUGGGCGUCUUGGAAUGAUCGUUUGGUCGUCACCAUUCGACGACUAUAAUGAGGACAACACUCUUAUAAAUUUUGCGGCCUUUGCAUUCUUGUCGGAGAACAGUGGACUCGAAGUUAUUUGCUUUUUCAAAUAUCAUUACGGCAGAAUUUCAAUACGACAAGAUAGGAUUAUGCAACUCAACGUUGGGGAGAGUAAAGAUACGAUAGUUUUUGUUGAGCCCCUCAUCAAUCACUUGGAGAAGACGGGUCAAGCGAGGCCUUCUCUGACUAAAGCAGUAAAUGGUCACCAAGUUACAAGGCCCAUUGUUGAGAUAGAAAGUCUGCUUUAUGAGAAACUUGCAGCAGAGACGGUGACAACAGCAUGUCGUAGCAUCACCUCGUCAUGUAUUGGUCGCGCUGUUCUUAAAUCAUGGGAUAUGACGAGCGACCAGAUGGAGAUCCAAAUUUACGUCUAA